UGCAAGCCUUUUCAGUGCUAAUCAAGAUGAUUAAUUACAACAUUCACACAAAAGUCAAGAGUUCUUUCUCCCACCCUGGACCUUCCACAAAUAUAUAAACUUCCAGUACACCUCACAACCUCUGAAGAUGCCUGUCAUAGAUGUGGGCAAAACAUCAGGAGAGAAUGCUUCUAGAACAUGGCCAUACAGCCCGGAAAACUCACAGCAACCCAGGCUUCUUUUCUUUUCCCCAGAAGCAAGAGAGGUGGCCCAGGCUCCUCUCUGCUUUUCCAUCCACUCAUCCGGAUUUGAUUAACGGAGAGAGAUGGGGACUGUGCUGCGAUUAACUGAGAAAGCCUGAUCGUGAUGUGGAUAACUCAAGAGAGAGAUGGAGACUGGUGUGAAAAGGACUCCAGAUAGUCCUGUCUCAAGGUGGGCUUCUUUCCCUUCCUUGGUCACCAGUGAGGCGGUCCAAGCUCCUCUCUGCUUCUCUGGCCACUCAUCUGAGAGAGAUGGGACUGUGGUGCAGAUAACUGAGAGAGCGCGGGAAACCCUGUUGUGAAGAGAGCUCCAGAAAGUCCUGUCUCAAGGCUUCUCUUUUCCCAAUUUCCCAAAGUGGUUCAAGCUUCUCCACCACUCAUCUGGGUUUCUUCCAAACCCUUCCAAGCCUUUCAGGCAAAGACUCCCUGGUUGUUCCAUGACAGCUUCCAGACAUGGCUCAAAAAGGAGAGAUCCAGAUCCAAAUAGUUCUUGACUGCCUGGAAAUUGUCUCUCUGGACCAUUCAUUCUUAGUAGUGCCUGUUCUGGGGUGACUCCUGCUCAAGCAGUUUUGGUUGCCACCCAGGGCAACAGUAGCAUCAGGUUGCAAAUUCUGCCUUAGCCAGUUUGCUCACUGAGUCUGGUAGUUCUUGUGUGGGGUAAUUUAGGUUCUGCUUGUAAACAAAACAGGCAUUCUACAUUGCUCCACCAGAAGAUGGGUGUUCAAGACGACCUUCCAAAAUGCACAGAUUGCCUUGUGUUUCUAGCCACCAGGUUUCUGAUGCAGGUAGGAUGGAGUGGAGAGUGGAGGGGCCAAAGUACAGAUCAGACAGAUUUCUCUCUGCUUACAGGAGUUUGCCUGCUCAACAAGUACGAUACAAGGAGCCUGGACUGUGGAGCACACUCACUCUGCUAUCACUGUUUGCCGGAGCCAUCAUGGCAACCCCACAGACCUGGCAUCAUAAUCAAACAUUGGGAGCGACCUCUGAAAGCAUGGGCACUGUCAGCCCUGCCCCCAUGGAGGAAAAGAGCAGGGAAACCCUAUACCUGGAUGCAUGGAGCAACUGGCAUGGAGAAAACGUGACUAUACAAGGGUCCAGUGCCUCAGAACUGUUCAGGGCUGAACGUUCCCCAGCGGGUGCUACCAAAACCAGGAAAGGAUCCAGAAAAGCUGGGCGUGGGAACCGCAGCCGCAACUGCCGCCUGCACAACCUGAGGUUGAAGGUCCGGGAUCUGGGACUCGGCUUUGAGUCAGACGAGAUUGUGAAGUUCAAGUAUUGCAGUGGGUCCUGCCAGCGAGCCCGGACAAACUAUGACCUCACGUUGAGUAACCUGCUGCAGCAAGGUCACAUCGUGCCUGGGCCUCAUGAACGCCCCUCCUCCCAUCCAUGUUGUCGACCCACCAAGUAUGAGGACUUCUCCUUCAUGGAUGUACGCAAUGUCUGGAAGACAGUGAGCCAAGUUUCAGCAGCAGAAUGUGGUUGUGUGGGCUGAGGUGCACCGUCUGCUGGAGCUCGCAGAGUCACUGAAGUGACUAGUGUUCAUGCUCCCAUUCAGGCCUGCCAAGAGUCCUACCUGUCUAUGGUUCUUGGGACCAGGAGAUGCACAGUCUGUGGUGCAGCUUGCUGGGCCAAAAGGAAGUAGAAGGUGAACAAUAAGUUGGAAGGGAGCAUCACAUUCUUGGCUCAAAUGGGUCUAGGCCUUACAGGCACACAUGUUGGACAUCUUUACAGUGUCCUCUUCAUGCCUGUGACAGGAUGGUGGAACUGAGCUCAUCCAAACCAGUGAAAAAAGCAAGAAGUCUCACUCCAGAAGGAUCUUUCUUUGUUGUCAAUAGUGUUGUGAAUUUACUCACACAUCAAGUCUCCUCCUUGAGUAGAGAACCAUCACUGGAAUUGGGCAAACCUCAUUCAAAGGAUGAGUGGGCAGGGAGGUCAACACAAAGACCUGUGGUGCUAAUGAGUAGCUCCUUAAGUGCCCCCUCCUUAUCACUAGUCCUUUAGCCAGUUAGGCUGCUUGUUAGGGUCACUCAGCUGCAUCAGCUGCAAAGGUCAUGUACUCUCCCCACUUUUUUCCAUCUCUGCAAUCUCCAUUUCCCCUAGCAGCUUGGUGUAGCUCCAUCAAGGAGAGUAUGUAGUUGAACAUAAAGGCCAGUUCUGCAACACUCAGUAGAAGCUUCAGGUUCAGCUUACAGCAGUUCUUCUAUGCCUCCUCUGGGUUCUGGAGACUCAGUGAUUGCUACUGCCAUCCAUCCAGUGCUAUGAUAGCCAGCUUCCAGUUUGAGAACUGAGUGGCACUUUCCUGGUUUUGUUCUGGGGGUUUCUUCCGUCUUUGAUCUAGUUGGGGAGCUUUUUUUGAUGAGAACAAGCUUGCAGCAGGUGGAAUACAGAGCCAGGGCAAUGUGGAGCUAAUCAAAAAGCACAGCUGUUGAAGUCUCUGAUUCUACAGUAGUCAAAUCAUAUGCCGCUAGAGAAAGGGCAUCUCUGAUAAAUCUGUAAUGGUGUUAACAUUCGAAUUUGCAACAUUCCCUGCUACACCAGCAAUAGUUUGUGGAGUUUGGCCUCUGCACAUUUGUCAGGCUAGCUCUGGAAGCAGCAACAGUCCCUGUCAUUUCCUGGGUCGCCAUCUCUUGAUACCAGCAGGGCAGCCCAUCCACUCUAGAACUGACACUUUCUGAACAAAGUUAUUUAUUCUCUUAAAUUAUUUAUUUAUUUGUUUGCACCCCACUCACCUCUGGUGGCACCUAUUUAUAAUGCUGAGAACCAAGACUGGAGUAACAUUUAAAGCAGAUGCUUUGCCCCAGUCUGCGGACAGCAGCUCUGUGUCCUUUCCACCCACUUGGUCUAAGAAAAGGCAUUUCCUCUUCCUCAUUUCCCGGUUUUAUAUUCUCUACCCUUUAUUUGCAUUUGGAUAAACUCUAUUUUUGUACAGCAGCGACUUCUUGUAGCAAUAAAGCCUGCUGAGGCAGUGCAAAAUUCA